UAGCCACGGCUGAGCCCUCUUUGUCCGCAAAGUCCUCUCCGAAGAUCCAGCCGCGUCCCUGGUGCCUUGGGGGCAGGAAGAGCCACGGGCAGCCCGUGCGCCCCAUCUUGGAGCUGGGACACCACGUUUCCAGCUUGGAGUGGGCUUCGAGCCUGGGGACUGACCUCACCCCGGCUCACGUAAGCAUCCCGGGAAUUGAAUCCCACAAGUCCUUGGGGGUAGCCGGACUUGGCCAAGAUUGGACUUGUUGCAGGCGGAGAAGUUGGGAGGAGUUGGCUGGAGAGGUGAGACUCUCUGGUCAUCGUUGUUGGGACACCCCCUUCCGCACCCCUCUCCCCGGACCUCCUCCCCCUGCAAGACUAAGGGCUAAGGUUCGCUUGGGCUCAUUGCCCCUCACUCCAGAUACCACCCUGGAGAUCUUAAAGACUCUCGAGAAAAGCCAUGUGGGGGGCUGGUUCCCCUGGGGCUUCCUCCCGUCCCCUGACUGCCUGAUCCUUUGGAGCGUCCCCGAUGUCUGCAAAGAUGUGGAUUUGGACGUCCUCGUGGAAGCCUUAAAGCCCGUGGGGACUUUUAAGAAGAUUGGCAAGGUGUUCCGCAAGGAGGAGGACUCCACCGUGGGGAUGCUGCAGAUCGGGGAGGAUGUCGAUUAUCUGCUCAUCCCCCGCGAGGUCAGGCUGGCCGGGGGCGUCUGGAGGGUCAUCUCCAAGCCGGCCACCAAAGAAGCAGAAUUUCGGGAGCGGCUGAUCCAGUUUCUGGAAGAAGAGGGCCGCACCCUGGAGGACGUGGCCCGGAUCAUAGAGAAGAGCACCCCGCACCCUCCCCAGGCCCCCAAAAAGCCUAAGGAGCCCGGAGUGAGGAGGAGAGUCCAGCAGAUGGUGACUCCUCCGCCCCGCCUGGUCGUGGGCACCUACGACAGCAGCAACGCUAGCGACAGCGAGUUCAGCGACUUCGAGACCUCCAGGGACAAGGGCAACAAAGGCUCGAGGCGGGGCAAGAAGGUGCGCAAAAUGCCCGUCAGUUACUUGGGCAGCAAAUUCCUCGGAAGCGACCUGGAGAGCGAGGAUGAUGAGGAACUGGUCGAGGCCUUCCUCCGGCGAGGGGAGAAGAAGCCGAGCGCGCCUCCUGCGCGCCGCCGCGUCAACCUGCCAGUGCCGAUGUUUGAGGACAACCUGGGGCCCCAGAUGUCCAAGGCAGACAGGUGGCGAGAGUAUGUCAGCCAGGUGUCCUGGGGGAAGCUGAAGCGGAGGGUGAAGGGUUGGGCCCCGAGGUCCGGCCCAGGGACGGGCGAGGCCCAGCAGGCCUCGACCGCAGCGGAGAGAAAUGGGGCGUCGCUGCCGGCCAGCGCCAGCCGCGGGGAUAACGUGGGAGACGCGGCAGAUGGGCGCGUGCCCGAGACCUCCCCCCGAGGAUGGAGGCCCAAGAUCAACUGGGCCUCCUUCCGGCGCCGUAGGAAGGAGGAGACAGCGGCCACCGUGCAGGGGGCAGACAUCCCGGCAGACCAGGGGGCAGAGGCCGCAGAUAACCAGAGGGCAGAGGCUGAAGGUGACCAGAGGGAAGGGGCCCCAGCUGUCCAGGGGGCAGAGGCUGCAGAUAAUCAGCGGGAAGGGGUCGUAGCAGACCAGGGAGCAGAGGCCCUGAAUGCCCAAAGGGCAGAGUCUGCACAUAAUCAGAGGGCGGGGGCCCUGGGUGCCCAGGAAGUUGAAGCUUCAGCUGCCCAGGGGGCCACAGGGGCAGCCCCAGGAGCCAGGGCCCGGAAACAGGUCAAGACAGUGAGGUUCCAGACCCCUGGACGCUUUUCAUGGUUUCGCAAGCGCCGGAGAGCCUUCUGGCACACUCCCCGCUUGCCAACCCUGCCCAAGAGGGUCCCCAGGGCAGGCGAGGCCAGGAGCCUCAGGGUGCUCAGGGCUGAGGCCAGGGCCCAAGUGGAGCAGGGAGAGCAGGGAGAGCGGGAAGACCAGCUGUGAGCUGAGGGCCUGGUCCACAGAGCGACACCCCGCUGUCCUCUGCUGUCCCCUGCUUGGAACGAGGUGCUCUCUGCUUCCCUGCUUGAAAAUGGGGGCUGAGAG